CAAGCGCAGCUCUCUCUCGCCGGGCACGGUGGCGCGUGCCUGUAAUCCAAGCUACUGGGAGGCUGAGGCUGGCGGAUCGCUUGAGCUCAGGAGUUCUGAGCUGCAGCGGACUAUGCCGAUCGGGUGUCCGCACUAAGUUCGGUAUCGAUAUGGUGCUCCUGGGGGAGCCCGGGACCACCAGGUCGCCUAAGGAGGGGUGCACCGGCCCAGGUCGGAAACGGAGCAGGCCAAAGCCCCCGUGCCGCUCAGUAGUGGGAUCGCGCCUGUGAAUAGACGCUGCAGUGCAGCCUGAGCAAUAUAGCGGGACUCAGUCUUUUGCAAAGGUGGGGAAAAAAAGUGAAAUUAAUUUUGUUUUAAAACAAAAUUCCCUAAUGAAUUAUUAAAACGAAUGAAUGUAGUUGCUUGCGCCUUGCUUUGGGCAGGACUCGGCUCAUUCUCCGGGCAUCGCAUGACUCCUCCGAUGAGACAGGAUUCUCAGUCUGAGAAUAGAAAAUUAAACUGAUUACGUGAAUUUAGAACUUGCUCCUGCUUUGAAAAUAAGACAGUGUUCACGCUUGACUUGGGAUUUUAUUUUUAUUACUACUGUUAUUGAUGUUAUUUCACACUAACGAUUUGCCAAAUCAGUAACUGCAGUGCCGCCUAAGGCUGCCUGGGUCCCCGUCGGCUACCUGGGAAGUUCCUAAAGGAGGAUUGAUUUUAGUUUUGGCCUUGCGGGGGUGGGAGACGCGAUGUCGUUGGAAGACUACGAGAGGCGCUACAGCUCCCUGAACUCGGACUUCGGUAGCGAGCUGGGCGGCAGCGAGGGCAGGUCUGCGGCCGGGGGUUGCAGCGCCGAGGAGGAGAAGCUGCACUACAUCCCUAUCCGAAUACUCGGAAGGGGAGCCUUCGGAGAAGCGACUUUAUAUAGAAGAACCGAGGACAACUCUCUCGUGGUGUGGAAGGAAGUGGAUUUGAAUUGCCUCUCGGACAAGGAACGCCGUGAUGUCAUGAACGAGAUCAAUAUCCUGUCCAUUCUGCAGCACAACAAUAUAAUAGCUUAUUACAACCACUUCCUGGACAAGGAUACCUUGUUGAUUGAGUUGGAGUACUGCAAUGGUGGGAACCUGUAUGACAAAAUAAACCAACAGAAAGGACAACUCUUUUCAGAAGAGAUUGUGAUAUGGUACCUGUACCAGAUAGCUUCAGCUGUAGCCCAUAUUCACAAAGCAGGAAUUCUUCACAGGGAUAUAAAAACCCUGAAUAUUUUCCUCACCAAAACAAACCUGAUUAAGUUAGGAGACUAUGGGCUGGCCAAAAAGUUGGACUCUCAGUAUUCCAUGGCUGAGACUUGUGUGGGAACGCCAUAUUACAUGUCUCCAGAGCUGUGCCAGGGGGUGAAGUAUAACUUCAAAUCGGACAUCUGGGCAAUGGGCUGCGUCAUCUUUGAGGUUCUCACACUGACCCGGACGUUCGAUGCUACGAACCCGCUGAACCUGUGUGUGAAGAUCGUUCAGGGCAACUGGACCAUGGAGGUGAAUUCUGACGUGUACUCCUCGGAGCUCAUCAAGCUGGUGUACGAGUGCCUGGAUCAGGACCCAGAGAAGAGGCCCACUGCAGAUCAGAUCCUGGAGCAGCCCAUCAUUUCCUGCAAGCGGCAACAACUGGAAGAGAAGGUUGCACUGCUCAAUUUGGCCAACAAAAAACCCAAGUUGAGCACAGCGACGGAGAGCUCCGUCGCCGUGGUGACCACUCGGUCCAGAGAGGUCUAUUUCUGGGGUGGCGGGAAGUUUACUCCCCAGAAGCUGGACGCCUUCAAGGGAGGCAGCAGCGCCCAGCACGUGUGCGCUGGGGAGAAUCACUUCGCUGUGGUCACUGUGGAGAAGGAGCUGUACACUUGGGCCAGCGUGCAGGGCGGGGCGAAGAUGGUGGGCCAGCUGGGCCACGGGGACCAGGCUUCGUACCGGCAGCCCCGCAGGGUGGAGAGGCUGCAGGGCAAGGCCAUUCGGCAGGUGGCCUGCGGGGCCGACUUCACCGCCUGCGUCACCGACGAAGACCAGAUGUACAUGUUCGGCUCGGACUACUACGGCUGCAUCGGUGUGGAGAACGAGCUGGCGGCGGAGGUGCUGGAGCCCGUGCUGCUGGACUUCUUCCUGUCCCGGCCCGUGAGGCAGGUGUCCUGCGGGGACAACCACGUGGUGGCGCUCACCCACGGCAGGGAGGUGUACGCGUGGGGCUGCGGAGAGCACGGUCGCCUUGGGCUGGACUCGGAGGAUGACUGGGCCUCUCCGCAGCAGGUGCGCGUUCCGGCGGGCGUCAGCAUCGGCUCCGUUCACUGCGGCGCCGACGGGACCUUCUUCCUGACGGAGACCCGCAAGGUGCUGGCGUGCGGGAGCAACGAGAUGAACAAGCUGGGGCUGAACCAGAGCAUCUCCGGGAUCAUGAACCACGCGGGAGAGGUGUACCAGGAGAUCCCCUACACCACGUCUCUCACACUGGUCAAGCAGCUGGCCCGCUUCAAGAUCAGAACCAUCGCGCCGGGCAAGACCCACACUGCGGCCAUCGACGAACGUGGGCGGCUCUUGACCUUCGGCUGUAAUAAGUUUGGGCAGCUGGGCGUGAGGGACUACAAGAAGCACCAGGGCGUCAGCCUGCUGGUGGGGCCGUUCGGAGGCAAUGCGGUGACCAAGGUGUCCUGUGGAGAUGGCUUCACGAUUGCUGCUACAGAAGACAAUCAGAUUUUCGCCUGGGGGAACGCAGGGAACGGCCGCCUGGGAAUGCCGCCGGACAAGGGAUACGGCUCGGAAGUCUGCCCUUCUCUGCCCCGCCCCAUUUUCGGCUCCCUGCACCACGUGCCCGACCUGUCCUGCCGCGGGUGGCACACCAUCCUGAUCGUGGAAAAAGUCCUGAAUUCCAAGACUAUCCGGUCAAACAGCAGCGGGCUCUCCAUCGGCAGUGUGGGACAGGGCUCCACGUCCACCGUGGGCCUGGACAGCGAGCAGGGGUCAGAGGCCCCGCUGCGGGACGGCGGCUCGGGGGGCACGGUGGAGGCGGACACGGGGGUGCGUGGGAUCCGGACCUCCAUGAUGUCCCUCCAGGACCCGACCGACAGCUCCUGCCCUUUCUGGCUGCGCCAGGAGCUCCAGGAAGCCGAGUUCAUCCCUAUGCCGCAGAGCCCUGGGGACUCCACGCCCAUCCCAGCGAACGCCGUUUUCUCGGAGAGCGCCACUCUGCCGUACGACGAGCUGCAGGAGCUGACGGCGGCCGUAGCCGUAGCCGCCGCCGCAGAGAAGGAGCUCCCGACCGCCCGGGUGGGCUGUGAGGCGGUGAACGGGGUGGACGCGGUUCCCGGCGACUGCAAGACGAACGGCGGGCUGCAGUGCGAGGGCGGGUCCCACGAGCCAGUGAGCGCCCGCUGCAGUGCUGGGCACCAGAGCGCGGGCACAGAGGGCACCGAACUGGCACAGCUAAGAGAGACGGUCAGUCGACAGGAAGCAGUGAUCCAGAUGUUACAGAAGCAGUUCAGCGAUCAGCUGGACGAAAACAAGAGGCUCUGGGCGGCGAUCGAGAGUCUGACGCUGCGGACGGCGGGGGCCGAAACGAACUAUCGCCAAGGCGAUACCGAUACCGAGGGUGAUGGAGCAGAGCCCAGCCAGUAACGCAGAGCUCCUUUCCACUGGCCUGAUGCAGAUUGAGAGACUCCGGACGCUGUCCCAUCUCGGCGCAUUCCUACGGUGCAGGUUUCCGAGAUGUGGGUCAGCUCCGGGGGAAAGAGGAUUCUUUUACAGGGCAGGAGGAGGGUUCACAUGGAAAGGAUGUUCUGAAAUCCACAGGGGUUUCGGAGUCACUGAUAACGUUGCGCUAGUGCAUGCCAGGAGGAGGUUAGAUGAUGAGGAAGCUGGAAGGAUUGAUAUUGUGGAGAGGUGGACACAGCAACUAGGGAUGGUGAGGCAAGUUUAAAGGUUGUGUCAGGUAAGAAAUAGUUGUAAUUCCAGAGGGGACUCAGAGUAACGUUUUUGAAUAUCAACACCUGUUCGGAUUGUCACGCUAACCACCAAAAUUUAGGUUUAAAUUCCUUAAUGAUAGUUGUUUUAAAAUUGCUACGCCUUCUUAUAAGCAUAUGUGGGAAUUACAUAAAACUGUAAUAUACACAGGAAAAAUGAAGCCAUACAUGCUCUCUGACUGGGUUAUGCGGGAGUAGCAUUAGAGAAGAUUUAUCCGCAAACAGUCACUGUUACAGUCUAACUGAACAAACGUGCCUUUCUCCAGAGGUUUUGAUGAAGUAUGAUUUUGUCAUUUUGAGGGGUUUAAUAGCUUAAUGGCAGCAUUCUGUAUUGAGAUAGAGCCCUCUGGCCAUGACUUGGUAUCGGUCUGGAAUGUAAGAUCGAGGAUGACAGAUUUUCAUUAGGAUGAAAGUAGAGUUGGCUGCUACUGUGUGCCUUUUUAUAUUUGCAUGACUCAAAGUGAGUGUUUCCGGCACAUCUGGUUGAGGGAGAAUAUUCUUCUGAUGGCCAAAGCCUGCGUGUAGAUUAUAUCAUAUCCUGCUACUGUUUAAAUGGUUUGUUUCCAGACUGCGAGUUGCAGUGGUUACCAGUUAGUAUUUAUAAAGCUGCAUAAUGUUCGAAUUUCAGCAAUGCAUGCUUUGUCUUUUGGUAAUUUGCUGCUUUGUCUCCGGUCAAUUAAAACAUGCAUUUAUUAUUACCUCGGUGUACUGCACAAGGCUCAUAAGUUAUCUUUACCUGUUAUAGUUUGAUGAUGUUUUCUUGACCAACAUCCUAGCAACUCUCUGUCCCACUCCAUGCAUCACUUGUUCUUAAGGAACUUUUAAAAUUGCAGAAGGAAGUUUGCCCUUUGAUGAGCAGACUGCUGGCUGCAGUCUCAAGGAGCUUGGUACAGCAUUCGGUUUUUAAUUUAACAAAGUGAAAGCAGCCCCUAAACUGAUAAAAUGAGCAGAUUUCCCAAAAUAACUGAAUUAAAAGACAUAGGUUGCAGUACAUAUAUGUAUAAAGAGAGGUAUUUUAAAGGUGUCUUAAUUUACUUUGUGAAGAUAAAGCACAUUUUGCUAAGGCAAGUACAGAGUAUGAACGUUCUUAUUUUGUAAGUAUGCAUAACAUUUUCAGCAUAAAUAUGCUUGCAGAACAAUGGAUUUUUAUAGUAACAGUGCAAUUUUUUUACACUUAAAAAAAAUAAACCAUGAUUAUAUUAUGAACCAACAACCAAAUGUAUGUUGGUGUGAUUUUCAGUUACUGUGCUGAGUACACUCCAGAUACACAUUUGUUUAGGUGUGGGUGAAAGAAAUUGAGACUUGCCUGCCUUGUGCACCUUAGUACAAGGAUAUGCCACUGUUGUACUACUGAUAAAUACUUGUUUUAUUGUUUGUUUCUCUUGUUCUUAUUUACUUUUCUUGGGGAAAUUGUAUUUCUUUUUCCUGUGGUCUUGAGGAUGGCAGUAACCAGCCUUAAUGAGUAAUGAAAUGGAUGAAAGAGAUUGCAGUGAGGUUUAAUUCUUCCCACUGACAUGAUAACAGAUGGUAGUGCAUGUCUUUCUGUGGUUUUACAGUGUGAUACUUCAAUGACGAGGCAGCAGCCUGGAGUUCUUUUACACAGGAUUUACCUGUAUUGGUUUGGGAAGGGGCUGCUGAUUAAGCGAGAGUAUAAUGAACAACUAUUUUUUCCUUCAUGUGCACUUCCCCUCAUUGCCAGCGUGAGGCUCACAGAUAGGAACCUAACUUAUUUUCUUUGUGCACUGUGUGUAACAAAGCACCCUCACAGAAUCAAAACACUUUUUGGGUUAUUUCUUGCCCCAUCUGUUUUUCAUCCUCAUGAUACUAGUAUUUCCUUAAUGGCCGGCUUUGUUUUAGUGUUAAGUGUAAUUCAAGUGUGCCUGUUUCCCAGUUUGGUGCUUAUGAGACAUUGGUGCAAGACGCACUUUACCCUGUUCUGGUUAAAAAUGUCUUACAAUCAGAUCAAUACAGAUUAAGACAUUUGCUAGACAUCUCUUUUUUUAACAUAUUUUGUGAAUUGUACGAUAAGGGACUUUUUCUUCCAUGAGUAAAGGGUCAUAAAGCCUAAUUUAAAGUGCCAUUUUUCCUGUUAUGGACUGUACUAAAUGAAAGCCAAACAAAAACCUUUAAAUUAUAUCCAUCCAGUCCAAUGGAACAUGAUGGUCUUUUCCCACUCCGCAGGCCCAGAAAUUGAACUGACAGUUCAAAGAAUUGCAUGCAAACAUCUUCUGUUUGAACCGUAAAGAGUUCAAACAGAAAAUGUUCCUGUGUCCUGUUCUGCAAGGAUAACCUUGCAAGAUUAAUUUUGAACAGUUUUCAUUAAGGACUUGCCCAUUUUUGUUUUCAGUUAUAUUGUGCUGUUGGCCCGUACCAACUGAAAUUUAAAAUUGUCUGCGAAGUUUUGGGAAGCAGUUGCAUCCUGUUGUUUAAAACGAGCGUUCUGACUGCCAUUCAUAGUGCCACGGUUCAAAGCUUAAACGUUUUACAAGACUUGCAACUUCACCUGAACACUACAGAUCUCUUCCUGUUUUUAUUGUUGUGUGCUUAUUGUCGAAAUAAAGUUCUAAACAGCCUU